UUCGACGGGAAAUGUCGUUGCGUGCGAGUGUGUUAUAGAGCUAUUCUACGUUUAAAAGUUUUCGUUAAUAUCACUGUUUAGUGUGUUGUUAUUUAAAAUUGACCAUUGAGACAGUGAUACGUUAAAAAUUAUUGUGCCCGCGAAUCACCCGGCACGUAGCAGAGAUUAACGAAGCACUUUCACCACUGCACUGCUGUUCCCACGGAGAAACCGUGUGAGGGAAAAUCCAGGGAAAAUGAUCACAAUAGCUAAAGAUAUGCGAUGCGACAGGUGAACCAUGAGGGAAAGGACAUUAAAAAUAGACACUAAGUCUCCACCAAGAGUGCGAUUAAAAUACAUAAAUGUAUUGUUAAUACUGCUGCUUUGUCAGUUAUGUAGCUGUAAUAGACCUCCAAGAUUUCUUAUUGAUGGACGCUCAGAAAUUGUUAUACGGCUUAAAGAAGGACCGGAUACGCCAGUGGGCAGUCUAAUAUACAGAUUACGAGGCAUAGAUCCUGAUGGAGACGCCUUACAAUUUGGAAUACGAAACCAAGUCGGUAGUGAUAUUUUAAGAUUAGAAGCCAUUUCAUCCAACGAAGCUAAUAUAUAUUUAGUUAAGGAAUUAGAUAGGGAGGUGCGUGAUGAAUACUCUUUCGUUUUAACCCUCACUGACGGUCAUUUAGGGGAAGGUAAUUUUAUAACACAAAGUUUCUUGUUGUUGGUUGAAGAUAUAAAUGAUAAUGAACCAAUUUUCAAGCCAUAUCCUUCUGCUUUAACUGUAAAAGAAGAUGCCUCCCCUGGUAUAUUGGCAACAGUUGAGGCAACCGAUCUAGAUGAGGGAGCUUAUGGUCAGGUUUUAUAUAAUUUACAAGAACUUGACGGUGAUAUCGAUAACUUUUCAAUUCAAACUGUUGGUGGCAAAGGUGUGAUACGUCUAAUAAACACGUUAGAUUAUGAAAGAAAACCUCUGUACCAACUUAGAGUAUUGGCUGUAGAUAGAGCUAACCAAGGACAAAUUAACACUGGAACAGCAGCAAUUAUUGUUAAAGUUCAAGACGUCGAAGACCAGCCACCUGAAUUCGUUGUUGCCACUCCAGUGACUCGCAUAAGCGAAGAUGCUCCUGUCGGUACAUCAGUUUUACAAGUGCGGGCCAUUGAUGGAGAUAGGGGUAUUAACAAUAGAAUAUCUUACAGCAUUAUAUCUGGAGGAGAGGACAAUUUUGAUAUUGACAGCAGUUCAGGUGUCAUAUUCACGGUUAGCUCAUUGGAUAGAGAAGACCCUAAUAACAGCAAUGGAGCAUAUAUAUUGGAGAUACUGGCCACUGAGGAAUCACACAUCAUAUCACCUCUGCCAAGUGCUACAACAGAGGUGACAAUUAUUGUUACUGAUGUUAAUGAUGAAACUCCAAGUUUCCGGAGUGGCAGAUAUGUUGGAGAAGUCAUAGAGAAUGCACAGCAGAAUACACCUAUAACAUUUCUUCAAGAUGCCAUACCAGAAGUAUUUGAUUAUGACCAGGGUAAAAAUGGUACUUUCGAGCUUUACUUAGUCGGUGAUAAUGGUGUGUUUGAUGUCACACCCUUCAAAGGAAUCAAUGAAGCAUCGUUUUUAAUAAGAGUUAACAAUCCUCUUUACCUUGAUUACGAGAAAGUCACCGUUUUAAAUUUCAGCCUUGUUGCCAAAGAAAUUGUUAGCAAUGAUCCAAAAAUGAGUGUAGUCCCUAUAACAGUUCACAUUAAAGAUGAGAAUGACAACUUCCCGGAGUUCACUCAGCCUUCCUACACAGUCUCGAUACCAGAGAACUGCGGGGUUGGUACUACAGUGGCAUGGGUACAAGCUCUUGAUCAAGAUUCUGAUAACUAUGGGACAAGGGGCAUUAGAUACACCAAUCUUAGUGGAAGUAUCGCGCAUUUGUUACACCUAAAUCCCAUAUCAGGAGUAAUAACAGUGAAACAUGCCGGAAGUGAUAGUUUUGACAGAGAGUUGGUGUCCCAGCAUUAUAUCACGGUAGAAGCUAGAGAUGAUCUGGGAAAAGGUAACAGGAAUACAGUGCAACUUGUAAUUAACAUAGAAGAUGUGAAUGACAAUGCGCCGAUGUUCCUUGCCAACAAAUAUGAAGCCAGGCUGUUAGAAAAUGAGAUGGCAUUUGAAAACCCUCUGGUUCUAGAAGCAAGGGACAUGGAUCUUAAUGGUACAAAAAACAGUCAUAUAGAGUAUGCCAUAGUAAUGGGUGACUAUAAGAAUAAUUUUACGAUAGACCCCAAUCUAGGAAUUAUUACACCAAGCAGUGGACUCGACUUUGAGCAAAUUCCUGGUGACAAUACAAAUAUAAGACCAAUUCAUCUGAUUGUACGAGCCCGAGACUUCGGUACACCGUCUCUGUCGUCGACCGUGUCCGUCACGAUCUAUGUACAGGACGUCAACGAUCACGCGCCGAUGUUCCAGCAGAUGAUGUACAGGCGGGCCAUUCCUGAAGACAUGCCGCCUGGGACUAGCGUGCUUGAGGUAAAAGCCCGCGACGUGGACGGUUCGUCACCGAACAAUCGCAUAGUGUACAGAAUUCAACGCGGCGCAAGCGAUAAGUUUGUGAUAGAUUCACACACUGGGCUCGUGUCCGUUGCAAAUGGCUCCAGUCUAGAUCCGGACAAAACGGAUCCCAAACAUACUGUAUACACACUCACUGUGGUGGCGUUAGACGGUGGCAUCGGUGAACAGCAGCUGAGUGCGGCGGUUCUGGUCAAUAUUACUAUAGUGGACGUUAACAACAAGCCUCCUGUUCUCAUGGAGCCGGGAACUGUUCAUGUCAUAGAGAAUACACAGGUAGGAUCGGUGAUAUACCGAGUGUCAGCGUACGACCCCGACGACCAGCCCGUGCUCAGGUAUGCCAUCGACAGAGCGAGCAGCUUCGCCCGCGACGAGGACGGAGUUAUUGUUCCUGCCACAGAGUACGACUACCUCUCCAUGUGGGACUUGAACACUGUUGACGGCACGCUCAGAAUUGUAAGAGUACUAGAUAGAGAAAGAAUAGAGUUAAUUAAGUUAGUUAUAACAGUAGAGGAUAUGGCGGCCAUUGAAGGUGGGCCUCAACAAACGUCGUCGGCUACAUUAACAGUCGUGGUACUCGAUCAGAACGACAACAACCCCAAAUUUCGGAAACCAUUCUACAAGACGUCCGUUCCAGAAAAUUCUAAAAAUGGCGCCCAUAUUGAAACUUUGGUGGCCGAUGAUGCGGAUAAGAAUCGUACUAUGACGUAUGUUCUAGAAGGGACAGAGGAUCUAUUAGAACUCGUACACAUAGAUAAAAGUAGUGGACAGAUGGUCGUGUCUAACAGGAUUGACCACGAGAUGUAUCCAUGGAUCAACUUGACCUGUAAAGCUAUCGACAGCGGAGUGCCGCCCAGAUACUCUGUUGUCGAUAUAUUUAUACAGGUUUUGGACGAGAAUGACAACAAUCCAAUAUUCGAAUCGAACACGUUCGAGUAUCGAGUGAAAGAGGACACGGAUCCAGGCACCGUCGUAGCUAAUAUUCGCGCCACGGACCUGGACUCAGGAGAAUACGGCAAAAUUACAUACUUACUUGAUAGGGUCUCUACACAGGGAAAGUUCCUUAUUAACGCGGAGACUGGCGCCUUGACCGUAUCAGAAGGGCUCGACCGAGAGACACAGGCCACAUACAACCUGGUGGUGGAGGCAUGGGAUAACUAUCAGUUCGGUUUCCUCAACGGAGAAAGCAGGAACGCUUUCAAGCAGAUAGUUGUGAUAAUAGAAGACGUUAACGACAACCCGCCAGUGCUUCAGCUACCUGAAGAAUGCACGACGGUCACAGAGUUCCACAACCACCGGGAACCAAUCGUAUCCAUUUCGGCCACUGACGCUGAUGACAACGCAUCCCCCAACGGACGGGUGCAGUUCCAUUUGGUGGCGGGGAAGGGACAUGAUCUGUUCCAUAUCGAGCAAGUGGGUGGCGCCGCCAACAGCGGGCGCCUGUUCGCGCGCGGCUCGCUCCGGGACCGCUUCGGGAACUACUCGCUGGAGGUGGAGGCGCGCGACCUGGCGCGGCCUGCGCUCGCGGCGCGGGGCUGGCUGCGGCUGUGUGUGAGCGACUACAACGACCACGCGCCGCUGUUCGUGUACCCUCCGCAGAAUGUCACCAUCAAAGUACCUGAGAACGCGACUGUCGGCACACCCGUGGUGACAGUGAAGGCCAUAGACGCGGACAUCGGCCCCAACGGCGCCGUGCGGUACCGCCUGAGGCGUGACGUCACCGCGGACUGGACUCACUUCACCAUCCACCCCUCUAGCGGACUACUGGCCACGGCGGCCAGCCUCGACAGAGACAAACGUACCCUGUACCAGCUGAGAAUAGAAGCCUACGACUUAGGCCUGCCAACACCCCUUAGCUCCGACCUGGACCUUACGGUAUACGUGCAAAACGUCGACAACUAUCGACCAAGGUUCCCACAGAGACACAUAAUGCUGAACAUUACGGAGAACAUGUCCAACUAUAGCACAGUGUUGCCCAACGUAGUGGAAAAAGACGAGAUAGACAGAGGAGAUGAGCCGGUGCUGCCAAUCUGUUAUUACAUUGUGGACGGUGAUGGAGACUCCAUGUUUGAGUUAGAUAGAGGUUCGCACAGGUUAUCAUCGAAGCCUCUAGAUCGCGAACAAAAGUCAAAUUACUCUUUAACAGUUCUGGCUACUGAAGACUGUUUGAUGAAACCGAAGUACGAUGUAAAGAAAGAUGCAAUCAGUGCCCUGACCGUGCAUGUAAGAGUGGACGAUGUUAAUGACAAUGGCCCGAAGUUUGUCAGUAAGAUAUUCACGGGCGGGAUCACUACUGAGGCGGACUUCGGCAUCGAAUUCAUGCAUGUUAUGGCCAUUGACAAUGACGAGGGUGAUAACGCUAGAGUGGGCUACCACCUGGGUGGGCAGGUGAAACAGACUCUCACUGAAGGGCUGGAGAACCUGGCUGUGUCGCCGUUCUUGGUCAAUGAGGAAACGGGCGCUGUGGCUCUCAACUUCGACCCUCAAAAGGGGAUGAAGGGAUACUUCGACUUUAAGGUCAUAGCGAAUGACACGGGCGGGCUCUCAGACGAGGCGCACGUGUUCAUAUACCUGCUGCGGGAAGACCAACGCGUCCGCUUCGUGCUGCGCGCGCACCCGGCCGACGUCCGCGACAACAUACACACGUUCCGGCACACGUUGGCCGCCGUGACGGGCGCCGUCGUCAACGUGGACGACGUGCGCGUGCACGACAACAGGGACGGCUCCGUCGACCACACCAAGACCGACCUGUACCUGCACCUGGUGAACGGACACGACCACUCCGUGCUGGAGGUGGACCAGGUGCUGCGGCUGGUGGACAGGAACAUCGAGCUGCUGGACGACUUGUUCAAAGAGUUCCACGUGCUGGACACCCAGCCGGCUGAGGUCCAGCCACUGACCGCCAUGUCGCCCAGUCAAGCCGUGUACUGGUUGGUGUGGAGCAGCAUCCUCCUCGGAGUGCUGCUGGCGCUGACUCUGAUGACGUGCGUGACGCAGCGGGCCGACUACAGCAGGAAACUGAAGGCUGCCACCGCCACCGCGUAUUCAUCACCUGCAGCCAGGGAAUCAGACAUGACCCUGCGCAGCUCAGGUGGCCGCGUGCCCAACACCAACAAACACAGCACCAAAGGAUCCAACCCAAUAUGGCUGCACGCCUACGAGAACGACUGGUACAAGGCCGACGAGCAGAGCCACUCCGAACGGGACUCCUUGGACAACAACGCGGUCAACCAGGACAUCUCCAACGAGAAACCCUACUUCAUCACCGCAGCCGCCUUCCCCUCCAUCCAUUCCACCGAGACGGAGACUGAGAGCAACACCGGAAACUACGACUUCUAUCAGCAACUGGAGCAGAUGAAAAAUGCAAAAAAUAUGGAGACCACCGAGUUGUAGGUUUUUAAAUUGGGAAUUCAAAUUAUGCAAAAUAGAAUAUGAUAUCACUUAUUGAAAGUCAAAAACUACCACUCAUUUGAAAUAGGAUUCCUCAGACCUGAGAAGAACGGGCGCAACAAACUCAGCGGGCUUCUUUUUUUUCAUAAAAAUAUUUGUAAUAUAUAAUAAUAAUAUAAUUAUUUAACCAUAUGGUUACAAUGUAAUAUCGUACAAUAAAACUUAAUAUUUAAUUGCCCGAGGGCGGUCGAUCUAUUCCCAAUCUGUGGUAUCAUUAAGAAAGUCAUUUAUGUUAUUGUUACAAUUGUUUUGAACAUGUUCUGGUAUCUAGUUGUAAAAGCAUAUAAAUCGCCCCACAAAAGACUUACUGACCUGACUUAGCCGAGUAGUAGGCAUUAUAAGUUUAAUAGUUCGGAACAUAAUAUAAUACUGAUUUUGUUGUGGUAACAUACCGGACAGUAGGUACAGUAAAAGCUCUUUAUUCGCGUGGUAUAUGUUCCGUAUAUUAACUGCUAAUACAGAAUGGUAAUUUAUAUGGAAUUAUAGGAGAUAUGUUCCAAAAUAAAGAACAAAAUAUAAUAAUAAUAUGAAAAUAUCUAUUUUAAUGAAGUUUUUGACCAUAUUGAUUAAUCAUUAUCUUCAUACUACGGUUGGAAUGGUUUAAAUAAUUUUGUCAUUUUUUCUUGCUUUGGAAAUAUAAAGCAAUUGCGAGCCUUAAUCUUGACACUUAGGACCAAUAACGUUCAAUACGCAUUGAACCCUACGAUGGUGUUAAGUUUCAUUUGAUUAUAACUAAACUUUAUUGAGUCCUUUGUUAAAACUCUAUACUCAGAGUAUUGUUUCAAUGUCGCACGUUGCUCUCAUCAAUAAGAUAACAAAUUUUGGACCGCACCUACUUAUGGUACCAGGUACCAACAGGAGAACUACUUAGUUUAUACUCUGGUAUAACUUUAUAGCCAGUUUAUUUAUGAGGCCGUAAAGGUUUAAAGUUUUUCAAAUUACAACUUCUCAUAAGUUAUUCAAUAAUUUAAUUUAUUAUGUGCCUUUGUAAAUGUACCUUAUACAUAAUAGUAUUACAAUAGGAAAUAGUCAACUAAAACUACUUAGUGUGUAAUAGAAUGUCUAUGUAGUAGUUCAUAGAUAUAAUAUAUCUAGACUGGUCAAAAGUUCUGUUACAAAUAAAAAGCAUUUAUUUUUAUGGCGUAAUGUAAUUAUAACUAAACUUAUAUGUGUCUAUUUAUUUAAUUCUCAACAGUAAAUAAAAAAUGUCGAAUUUUCGCAUUGUGAAAUUUAUUUAUAUUUGUAAUGCCAUAAAUAUAUUUUAUAUUUUUAGACACAGACAAAAAGUGGGAAUUGUCGAAGUUUCUAACAUAAUAAACGAGUUCCAUAAGACAUUGUUCUGUGCCCAUACAUUAGUCGCCCCAGCACCCUCAGCAAUGAAAGAGCGCUUAAAAUAAGUUAAAUUACCUACAAAUUAUCAUCAUUUAUUAUUUGUAAAACGGACACUUCAGGAUAUCCCAUUAUUUAAUAAAAUUUAUUAGAUUUUGAGGUUAUAAUUGAGCAUUCAAUAACACACUUAUGAUACAUUGCAAUUACAAUGAUUUUUAAGAUAGGUUAUGUUAAAGGGAGAGUGGGGGAAUUAAGAACAGCGGGUAAUUAGGAACAGAUAAGUAAUACUUCCUGGGCUCAAGGCCGUCCCGGAUUCGGACGUAUCCGGUUAAGUGUUCCCAAUUCCCCCACUUUCCCCUACACUAUGUAAGUGGAAGUAAACGUACUUUAAUAUUGACUAAAAAAGGCAAUCAACCAGCACUACCACCAACGCCAGAAAUCGAAGCCAGAGUAUUUCGAUAUUUCAAGCAAUCAGAGUCCGUUAGAAUAGCCGAGUUAUAAGUAGGUACAAAUAAAAAAUAGAAUAACUGACAAGUUGAGAACGCACAACACAACUCUAGAAUCGAGAGCGAGUGACAGUGGCAGCAGUACAUUUUUUUUAAAUACAUGUUUUGAUUCAUAAGUGUCCGUUAGAUACAUUAUCCUUUAAAUAAAAAAAAAGUUUUUAAGUUGUAACACUAUUUAUGACCAGAAUUGUUAUAGAUAUCGCUUGUAUUAUUUAUAUUAUUAAAGUCAAUUAAGAGAUAACUUAUUGUAUGUAAUAGUUGGUAUGUUAAUAGAUGUGUGGAAUUAUG